GCGCAGCCUCCCCGCGCGGAGGCACCUGGCUCCCCCUCGGCUCUAGAACGCAAACAGUUGGCGUUGAGCACACAACUCCUCCUCCUUCUCCCCCGAGACCCCUGUACCCUCCCCGCGCGCCAUCUCCCGCCCCUCAUAAUAGGCCCGAAGAGUAAACCCCCAAACGCGUCCAGAAGCGGCUCCCAACUCUUCGCCGGGAGCACGUUGGAGGCUGGAUUUCGGAGAGACUCGGGAUUGGGGUCUAUUGCCGGCCCCUCCUGGAUCCGGCUUGAUUUUCAUAUUUUAAGAAGAUUUUCUUAUUACCUUUGAUUACUCCUUUUUACCAAAUUUCUGGAGGAACUCAGUGGGGAGGAAUGGGGGGAAUCUGAUUUUAAGAAAGAAAGCACCGAAGGGGCAAUUAUUAAUUUUCCUCGGGUUUGGAAUCACCCUCUGGACGAGAGAACGGGCGAGCGGGAGCUAGGAGGGAAGACUGGAGAGGACCGGCGAGGCGCGCCAGCCGGAGCCACCUCCUUCCCGGCCGCCCCCUCCCCACUCCCCCUACACACGCUCGCUCGCUCGCCGGCGCGCGCACACCCCCCGCGCCGGACCCGCACCUCGGCGGGCGCCACACACUCGGCAGCCCGAGCCGCGGUAGCCGCAGCGGGAUGGAGGCGGCGCGCACGGAGCGCCCCGCAGGCUGGCCGGGGACGCCGCUUGUCCGGACGGGGCUCCUACUCUUGUCGACGUGGGUCCUGGCAGGCGCCGAGAUCACUUGGGACGCGACAGGCGGUCCCGGACGCCCGGCGGCCCCGGCUUCCCGGCCACCGGCGUUGUCUCCACUCUCGCCGCGGGCAGUGGCCAGCCAGUGGCCGGAGGAGCUGGCGACGGCGCGGAGAGCCGCCGUGCUGGGGCGCCGGGCCGGACCAGAGCUGCUGCCCCAGCAGGGCGGCGGCAGAGGCGGUGAGAUGCAGGUUGAAGCCGGAGAGACAUCGCCGGCAGGCGAGCGGCGGGGCCGGGGCAUCCCAGCUCCUGCCAAGCUUGGCGGCGCGAGGAGGAGUCGCCGGGCGCAGCCCCCAAGCACCCAGGAACGCGGGGACGCCUGGGCCACUGCUCCGGCAGAUGGUUCCAGAGGAAGCCGUCCCCUGGCUAAGGGUUCCCGGGAGGAGGUGAAGGCGCCGCGGGCUGGGGGGUCGGCGACUGAAGACCUCCGGCUGCCCAGCACCUCCUUCGCGCUGACCGGCGACUCGGCCCACAACCAAGCCAUGGUGCACUGGUCGGGACACAACAGCAGCAUGUGUGAGGAAGGAGAAGAAGGAGAAGAAGAAGAGGAAGAGGAAGAGGAAGAAGAAGAAGAAGAAGAAGAAGACGAAGAAGAGGAGGAGGAGGAGGGGAAAGAAGAAGGAGACUAUGAGACAGAGACCAUAUGUGGCCCACAAAGCCUAAAAUAUUAACCAACUGACACUUUACAGAAAAAUUUGCCAACCCUUGAUUUAUGUAAUCGAUUUCUAUUUUGCAGAUGAAGAAACCAAGGCUCAGAUGGUAGCCUGCUUACCUAAGCUCACAAGAAGCAGCCUGUUCUAUUAAAGGAGAAUCGGAUUCAAGUUUCUGCAGAUCUGGCUUCUAAUCAUAUCUUUCAUUUGAGCUAAUAUGGUUUUGUGACUGAUAAUAAGGUUUCCCUUUUGGCUCUAUCAUUCUAGAGUUCACAGAGAAAUGUGUGCAAUGCAGUUCUAACACCAACUACCUGGAGUGAGGUCAGACUUUACAGGUUAAGGGCGCAGUCCUCUAGAAGACUGUCCAUGCUUCAACAACCAGCUGCAGGCUGUGGGGUUCCCAGACCACCUGCACAUCUGACCAACUGGCUACACAUUCAAAGGUUCCUACUACUCCUCAAAGAACUCAGAAAAAAUGCUACACUUAUGGUUACAGUUUUAUUACAAAGGAUACAAGUCAGGACCAGCCAAUUGGAGACACAGAGGUUGAGAUCUGGGAAGGUCCUGAACAUGAAGCUUCUGUGUCUUCAAGAUGUGUCACUUCCUGGCAUAUUGAUGUGAAUCACCAACCUGGGAGGCUCCCCUGAGUUUCAGUGUCCACAAGUUUUUUAUUGGGGUUUCAUUAUGUAGGCAUUAUUAAUUGGAUCAUCAGUCACAUGAAUUCAACCUCCAUCCCCCUUUCCCCUCCCCAGAGGUUGGAAGGUCAGGCUGAAUCACCCGGCUGAAACCCCCAACCCUCUAACCACAUUAUUGGCCUUUCUGGGAUGGCUGGACCCCAUUCUUAAACCAUCUAGCAAUCCACCAUGAGUCAUCAUCUUAGCAGGAACUCAGGAGCGCACAGAGGGACCCACCAUGAAUAGCAAAGAUGCUCCUAUCACUGCGAAAUUCCAGGGAUUUAGAGGCUCCCUUACAGAAACUGAAGACAAAGACCAGACAUAUUAUUGCACAAGUGUCCGAGCCGGGUCUGACUCCACCUUGACUUUUCAUUCUGUGCGUAUGGAGCACAGUUACAGACUGACUGACGUGGGACGGCCUGUGUGACUGGCGUUGGGAGGAAGACGAGGGUGGCCUGUGUGACUGGCAUUGGGAAGAAGAUGAAGGUGGCCUGUGUGACUGGUGUCGAGAGGAAGAUGAGGGUGGCCUGUGUGACUGGCAUUGGGAGGAUGAUGAGGGUGGCCUGUGUGGCUGGUGUAGGAAGGAAGAUGAAGGUAUUUCUUUCCGAAGUUGUUUUUUUUUUUUUUUUUGAGAUAGUGAAACUUCUUUGCCAGGGAAAUGGACUAGAUAUGUCUCAAGCAUCUUUUGGAGUUUUAAACAUUUUGAAUUAAGUUAGGGUGAAAAUACUGCAGUUUGGAGUGAAGGAUUUUGUUUCUGUGUUACUUAAGGCAAUGAAACAAUAAUAAUUUGCCCUUAUGUUAACCCUUCUUUCGUGUUUACUCCCUUAUUUGAAGUUCUUAACUCCCUGACCUUUUUAGUUUAUGCUUUUAUUUAUGUAUGUUACAUAAAAGUUAUCAUAAAUAAAUACAUACAUAUUAUUAUAAUAUUUAAUAUAUUGGAACAAAUUUCAAAAACCUGUCAGCAUUUUUCAUUUUCUUCCCCAAAACCAUCUCCAUGGAAUUUGUUUAUGUAAUGGAUAGAAAUUAGGUGUUGUCCUCACUUUUACCUGCUCCCCUGACAAUGUGAGGUCCAUCAUUGUCCUUGCUUCCUCACCAGUGACUUCCACAUUCUUAUUGCCACACACACAUUCCAAGUGAGUGAAACGAUGAGGAAUUUGAGUCAUUCAGUAAAAUGAAAAACAUGACCAAUCAUGUGGUUAGAGGGUUGAAAAUAUGAAAAUAUACGUUUUGUACAAUGAAGUGAACAAAGUGCAUGGAGGAGACAUCAACCAGAGAGCUAGAGCUGGUGGAAG